GAGAGGUGCUGUGGGGCGAGAGGUGCGCGGAAGGAUGGCGCACGCGGGGGGCACAGGCUACGAUAACCGCGAGAUCGUGAUGAAGUACAUCCACUACAAGCUGUCGCAGCGCGGCUACGAGUGGGAUGCCGGAGCCGCGGGCGCCGCGCCCCCCGGGGCCGCCCCCGCGCCGGGCAUCCUGUCCUCCCAGCCGGGCCGCGCGCCCGCGCCCUCCAGGACCUCCCCGCCGCCGCCCCCGGCCGCCGCCGCCGGGCCUGCGCCCAGCCCGGUGCCACCUGUGGUCCACCUGACCCUGCGCCAGGCCGGCGAUGACUUCUCUCGGCGCUACCGCCGCGACUUCGCCGAGAUGUCCAGCCAGCUGCACCUGACGCCCUUCACCGCGAGGGGACGCUUCGCCACGGUGGUGGAGGAGCUCUUCAGGGACGGGGUGAACUGGGGGCGCAUCGUGGCCUUCUUUGAGUUCGGAGGGGUCAUGUGUGUGGAGAGCGUCAACCGGGAGAUGUCGCCCCUGGUGGACAGCAUCGCCCUGUGGAUGACCGAGUACCUGAACCGGCACCUGCACGCCUGGAUCCAGGACAACGGAGGCUGGAGGAAGCUGGUCUUCCUGUGUCUCCCAGGCUCACAGCACACUCUUCCACCAGGCCGAUCACACCGGAAAUCCGACGCCUUUGUGGAGCUGUACGGCCCUAGCAUGCGGCCCCUGUUUGAUUUCUCCUGGCUGUCUCUGAAGGCACUGCUCAGUCUGGCCCUGGUGGGCGCUUGCAUCACCCUGGGUGCCUAUCUGGGCCAUAAGUGAAGCCCACAGGCCUGCCACCAACAAACACGCAAAGGCUCGUGAAAGCAGCAGAGAUAGUCCACAUUGCCACUGCUGCACUGCUGAAGCUGCAGACUCUUAAAAAGAAAAAACCAACCACCACCACCACCACCAACACAAACAGCUUUCAGGCUCAACGUUGAACCAGCUACUUACUGCCAAAGGAAAAUGCAAUUUAUUUUUUACAUUAUUGAGAAAAAUAAGAUUUAUUUAUUUAACACAGUCCUGUUGAAUCUCCUGUCUUUGGAAACCCCGCCACGAAUUACUAAGCCCCACCUGGAUGGCUCUACCUGGCUCUCUCGUGCCUGUAAACACAGAUUUUUGUUCCGUACUGUUGGCUGGAGUGACUCAACCAGCUGGAAAGCAAACAGUGACAAAGGGUCUGACUGUUCCAGAAGCCGGGUUUCCGGCUGUUGGAGGUUAGGCAGAAGGUGUUCAUUGGCUGUGUGUGGGGGGGGGGUGGUGCCUGGAGGUUGUGUUCUCAGAGGGAAGGUGCUCGGAGGGGAGGCCUGCCUUCCUGGCCUGAAGAAGGGCACCGCGCAUAUGGUCCACACCAGGCUGGAAGAAGAAACCAUCGCAACUCACACUAGCACGAACGUCCAUGCUCGCUCAGGCUGCACGCCUCCAGCAUGCCCACUGCUUCUGCCCUCUCGUCGCUCCCGUUAGCACUUCCGGCUCCCUAAGACACUCUGCGUCCAUGUGAGUUCUGUUCACUCUGUCCCACUGACUGGACCAAAACCGUUUGAGCGUUUGGUCCAUUUGGACUUCGUAUUUGCCAAGACCUCCGCCCCAAAGGACCGUGACGGGGAAAAUGCCCUUAAACCAUAGGAAAGUAUUUUUUUAAGCUACCGAUUGUGCCGAGAAGCAUUUUAGCAAUUCACACAAUAUCAUCCAGUACCUUAAGCCCUCAUGUGCUUCUUCACAUGUUUUGGAUUCGCUCCCCCUCCAAACCCUGGCCUGGCUCUGUCUGCGUAGGAUGCGGAAUCCUCGGGACCGCGAGGACGCGGGCCUGUUCGGUGACGUCUCCGGCACCAGGCGCCCCGAGCGCCGGCUUCUCCGCCUCGGCUGGCCUGAGGCCUCGUCCUGGCGCCCAGCCUUAGGACGGGCCCUGUGUCCGCGGGCGGCCGGGAGAGAAGGCAGGAGGCCGGGGCCCCGAGCAGGCCCCGCGCCGCCUGGAGCGCAGAGCGGGGCUGAGGCUCUGAGGGCGCGCGCCUGGAGGAAACAGGCGGGGGCGAGGGCGGGCCGCGCCGGAGACACGCGCGGCCGUGCGCGCCGCGCCGGAGACACGCGCGGCCG